AUUUUGAAAUGGGAGCAUGUUCUUCUAGUAAACCAAUUUCCAAAUAAUCAAAUUAAGCCAGUAAUCGACAAAUGUAAGAGGAUCCUGCUGUAGUUAAUAAUAAUGUAGAUGAACCAAUAUAGGUUGUGAUUCAAAAUUCAAAAUAAGAAGAAGAUUUAAAUCAAGACAAUCAAGAUUAAGAUAAUCAAUAUCAAGACAAUCCAUAAUCAGAUAUAGAUCAUUUAGAGAUCAACGAGGAAGACAAUCACAAAUUCAUAGAUGAAGAAUUAUUACUAGAUAACACUGAUGAUACUAUUCAAAAGCCUGCAGACACUGCCAAUUUCAUUAACACUGGAUAGACUCUCAUGUAACAUAGAAACCAAAGUGAUGUCAAGGUCUUGCAAAAGUAAAGAAUAUUUUAGGUUGGCAAAGAAAACAUGUUAUUGUCUUGAUAUACAAAUUUUUUACUUUAAUU